UGAACUUGCAUGUUCCUUGGGCCGGCUCUGCCUCUUAAUCAACUCCAAACUUCAUUAUUCCCUCUGUGACCAGGUCGGAGKGGAMWAAGWGGAGGAAACGUGAGUUAAUAGGCAGCUCCUCUGCAAACACUGGGGGUCUUCAUGAAUGGGAAGCAAUCACACAGAUCAAAUAUACAGCAGCUGGAAUCUGGGACAAAUUGAAGAGGCAGGUAAGUUUAAUAAUCUCCUGUGAUCGUCCUGGUCGAAUGCAGACAGAGGAGCGAAGUGUCGACUGAUGAGGACACGAGGAGCGCUGGUCUAAAGUUACAAGUCCUGCAGCUUCAGGAAUCCUCAGAAAGAUCCGUGUCUGAGCGGCACCAUCGUUCUGCCAAUGUGACUGAUUGAUCCAGUAGAUGAACAGUAAAGAUUAAGAGGAUGACAAAUAGGCAUGCUGCUUACACAGCGCUUGGGGCUUAAUCCUCCACCCCUYGGGUCCCUUUUGAGGACCUGCUGCCGAGGCGGACACACAGACGGUGGCGGCGUUCCAAGCAGGGAGGACACACGGACCUGUUGAUGCUCAACAAGGGGCCACUCUAGAUCCUCUGACUCCACACUGCUUCAAACAAGGCCCARRAAUUUAGGAAGUCUGCAUUUUUGUAUCUUAAAGUAARAAAAGAGAAAAACUUCUUUAUUGGUGAUUAAUAAUGGAGGAUCACCUGACGAAGAUCCCCAUGAUGCCUUCAGCUUCUCCAGCUGAAUCUUCUGCCAGCGGCGGGACGGAGGACAGCAGAGGAGGUACGAAGGCCACAAGUCAGCGGCAAAAACURAAUAUUACCAAUGAUGAAAACAUUGACGUGACGAGCAACGAGCCGGAGAGGGCGUCCUCGGAGUACCACAUGGCUCUGUACCCGUCCAGCUCCGAAAACGUCUACGAGACCUCGGCGAGGCUGCUCUUCAUGUCGGUGAAAUGGGCCAAGAACCUGCCGGUUUUCUCCAACCUGCCCUUCAGAGACCAGGUGAUCCUGCUGGAGGAGGCGUGGAGCGAGCUGUUCCUGCUCUGCGCCAUCCAGUGGUCUCUCCCUCUGGAGAGCUGCCCGCUGCUCUCCCUGCCUGACCUUUGCCCCGGCAUGCAGGGCAAAACCAGCUACACCACCCUGGACCUGCGCCUCCUGCAGGAGGCCUUCAGCCGCUUCAAGGCCCUCGCUGUCGACCCCACAGAGUUCGCCUGCCUCAAGGCCAUCGUGCUCUUCAAGCCAGAGACUCGAGGUUUGAAGGAUCCAGAACAGGUGGAGAACCUCCAGGAUCAGUCCCAAGUCAUGCUGGGACAACACAUCCGCUCACACUAC